AUGGACUCUCUUGAUAAUAUUAUACCAUUUACUGCACACGCUUUUUUAAGACCCGAGUCGAAGCAGUGCUUGUUUAAUUCAAUUUCAGAAUGGUCGUUACUUCAAGGAAAACAAUGCUUAUUUAGGGUUCCUCCUGGAUUUGAAAUUGUUAGGACUGAAGAGAACUCCUCUGAUUCAAUUUCAGUGUCCUGCAUUCUUCGAACUAACAACUUGGAAGAUAUUACGAAAUGGGAUCCACUAGCCUUCUCCGAGUUAGCCCUUCACUUGGAAUCCGAUAAUAGCGAAUGGUAUUCCUUAUUUCAGUGCUUACUUCAUGAUUGGAACAAGAAACAUUAUAAUGCUAAUAUAGUCUUACUGGGAAGAAAUGAUGUGAAAGAAUCUACAGUGUCUAACGAUGAGAGACUUAUUUUGUUUGGACUGAAAAGUAAACUAGCCAUCAUGGAGAUAGAAUUAAAGUGUGCAAUUGCGGUGAAACAGCACAAAUAUGUAGAUGUGAUAGAUUUUAAAGCCGUAUCAAUGAUGCCCCUAUUAGCAGGUCAAAAUGGGGGCAAUUGGAAACAUUUGUCCGAAUGUUUUCAUACAGAAGUCAUUGAUUCACAGUUGGGAAUAUUAGGUCACGAUUACCCAUCGAAGCUAUUCUUGCAAAGUGAGCAAAAAUGCGAUGCACUGCUUGCUAAACAAUGCUUAGAAAAGAAAUUAAAUGAUAUUCUUGAUGGAUCCCUACAUGCCACUGCUAUACCAAAUGUUUCUCCGUUGAAAAUAGCAUACUUAAAAACCGUAUUUCCUUCGGAAACAAUAAUGAAGUUGAUGCAAAAAUAUCCAUCAUAUAUCAAUUAUACAACGGGAAGUGUGCAGUUGCAAAGUAAUUCUGCAGCUCUACUGGACAUCGUUAGAAAAAGAUUUGUCAGAAAUAUUUUAGCUGUUAUAUCAGAAGUUCGAUUUUGGUUUACGGAGUCAAAUGAUGCAACGGAACUUAUCAAUAGAACAUCAACAUUCAAAAGAAUUGCCUCUAAGAAUAAUGUCAUAUUCUCUACAGAUAAAUUCAAGAAUUUCUUCAAUUUUGUCGGGUGUCAUGCUUCUAUUCAGCAGACUUAUCUUGAUAUCUUAGCAGAAGAUUUCCAAUGCGUACAAAAUGUGAGGUUCACAUUAGAAUUAGAUACAAUUUACAAAGACUUCAUUUCAGGUAAGAAGAAUGGUAAAUUAAUGAAGAUUAUGGACCGGAAAAAAUGUGCAAUUUCAUUGGAAAAUGACUCAAGUGGUCAUAUGUUAGUUAUUUUACAAGGUGAAGAUUGGCAACAGAUACAAGAUAGCUUCUCCUUAUUACUCCAAGAACUUCCAUGUGAAAAGUCCUUUUUCAUACCAGAAGCAUACCAUCGUCCUGUCAUUGGUACGGGUGGAUCAGUAAUUCAGACAAUUAUGAGAAAAUACAACGUUUUCAUACAAUUUUCUAACAGCUUUCAGUUACCGCAGGGAGAUUGGACUUUUACAAGAUACGACAAUGUCAUCAUUAGGUGUCCUUCAAAAAACACUAUCAACAUUGAAGCAGCAAAAGAGCAACUAUUAAGUCUAUCCGAGCAGUAUAGUCAAGUUCAGAAAACGGUCUAUGUGAAAAUGUCUCCAAGCCAAUAUCUUUAUUUAAUCCAUAUGAAUUCUGAUCUUUCAUUCAUCAGCGAGAUAGAAAAGGCUCAUUCAUGUUACAUUUCAUUCCCUCAAUCUUUGCCAGUAGAGGGCUAUCACAUUAACGUCAAAGGCAAUGAUACUGGACCGGAACGAGCCGCAAACGAUAUUAUUUCCCGCUUUGGCAGGGAAAUGGAAAUUCACAUAAAAAACCCCGCAUCAGAGAACGAAUUUUCAAAAGGGUUAUUACUGCCUUUGUCCUACAGCAAUGUGCAGUUCACACAGAACAGAAAUUUCAUUCGAUUAACAUUCAGUCCUCUGAUGAAGCCUUCACAAUUAGAAGAAAUAAUAUUUUUAAUUGACUCUUUCCUUAAAUUGUCCAAUAACAAAAUAAUAUCAAAGAGAGAAGUAGCGCAUUAUACCUCUGUCACUCCUUUGUAUAGGGUUGGCAAACAACUGAACACCACUAUCGAAAAUUCACCCCAAACUUCUAUUCUCAAAAGCUUUUCUCAAGUACGGAUUUGA